AUCGCUGCUCAGGAAAGCAAACACUCCCAAGGACGAACAGCGGGUUCGGUGGCUUUACCGAGCCAGAAGCCGAGCCGUGCCCGCGGAGGAACGCUGCCGGCGGUACCACCCCGGCCCGGGCGGGGCGGGCAGCGCGUUGCCUGGCAACCCCCCCCUCCCCCGCCCCGCUCAGCACUUCCGCCUCGGCGGGCGCCAUGACGGCCCUCGCCGGAAGCGGCGGCGGCGGCCAGCCAAUGGGCGGCCGGGGCGGGGCGCUGAAGCGGGCGUCGAGGGCAAUAUGGCGGCGCCGGGGGCGCUAGGGCGCCGGUGGCUGCUAGCGCUGGGAGGCCGGACGAGCUGGUGUCCUGCUCCGCUGUGCCGAAGGCGAGAGCUACCGAGGUCCCCGCCGGCUCCUGCGUGUGCAGUUGGCCGCUCGCUGCGGUGGGCGUCAUCCUUCUCCCAGCCGGGCCCGACGGAGAGUGACCCCAGCGAGGGGCAGGUCUUCCUCAGUGAGAGCUGUGUGAAGCGGCUGCUGGAGAUCAUAGAAGGCUCAGAGUUUCUCAGGCUGCAGGUGGAAGGAGGUGGCUGCUCUGGAUUCCAGUACAAGUUUUCCUUAGACACAGUUAUCAAUCCUGAUGAUAGGGUAUUUGAACAAGGUGGUGCGCGUGUGGUCGUGGAUGUGGACAGCUUGGCCUUUGUGAAGGGUUCUAUGGUGGACUACAGCCAGGAGCUGAUUCGCAGCUCCUUCCAGGUGGUGAGCAACCCCCAGGCAGAGAAGGGUUGCUCAUGUGGGACUUCCUUCUCCGUCAAAUUCUGACUGGACUUCCCAUGGAUGGACACUGUCUGCAGAUGCUUCUUGGUAGUCUUCAGAGGGUUUUUGCUUGUUCUUUUCCCAGCUACAUCCUCUUGUCUGCCUUACCCUAUAACACAGCUGUCACGUGACUCCAGCUGUGUGUGUGUCUGCACUGAGCCUAACUCCAAGACUUGUUGGCAUUCCCAUCAGAAACAUGAAGUAGCUGUGAGCACACAUGGGAGCAUCUUCAGUGCUUUGUGAACUACUGGCCAGGUUGUGCUGACUCACCAACCCUGUCCUGAGUGUGGAACCACUUAACUGGUUGUCUCUGCAAGAGUUUGCUGUAUAUAUGUGUGUGUUUAUUGAAAGUUCUUACUAAAAGUCUUUGAUUGUUAUUGCUUGUGCAUUCCCAUGUGGGUAGAAUCUGGGUUCUUUCAGGCUGCCAUUUCUUAUUCCUUGUCUUCCAGGUAAAUGGGACUUGGAGUGUUUCUCCCAUAUACCUUCCAGUGUUGCUGGCUCUCUGCUCCCCAGCUCAGUGGGCUUUUCUUGAGACUUCACUGUUCUCUUACCUAGCAGGCUUCUCUUGGUCCCAGGAACCUGCAGUAUUUUUGCUGUUGGUCCUUGGGAUGAAAGCUUUUACUUGUUCAGAGUAAGUGAAGCUAAAAAAUUGAGGUAGAAGAAUUAGUAGUUUGUCUUUUACA